GUGGAGGCUUUUGUUGGUUUGCCUCCAGGAAUAUUGUGCACUAAAGGUAAGAGGCACUGCCCACUUCUUAAGUCGGAUGUUUCUUGAGAGACAGUAUUCUACAUUGAGUAUCUUCUGAAAGCCCAUGACAAACAUUUCUAUCUGUGGCCAUUAGCCUUGAAAUAUCAGUUCUUGUUCCUACCCAUGUGCAGGACUGAAUUGCAUAAUGCUUCUGGUACUAUAGGAAGCAUAAAAGACAAUUAAAUUUUAUUGCCUUAGAAGGGUCCAGGAGAGGCGUAGAAGAGAUGGUAAAUAAAAGUUUGUUCUAAUUCUGCCCUGGCUAAAAACAAGGUGAAGGGAUGUGGAAAUGUUGACCUCUAUUGAGUCCUCUCCCCAGCCUUGGGGCUUUCAGGAGGAGAUUCCCAUUACACAGGAAAUCCCUAAUGGCAUGGAUGGAAAUUACCUGCCUACCUCACCUUCCUGCCUCUACUUUAGGCAUACACCUGAGGGCACUUUUUAAUUGCCAUGCACCUCCCCCUCGCUAAAGAGCUAAUUGCAUCUGCUUCCCUUUCCUUUAGGUUCCCAAGCAAGGACUGGAAUAAUGAAGAAGGCUGUGUGCUAGCUGCAUCCGUUUGAACCACCCAGGAAGGAAAUCCAGAGUGUGGUCAGAGGCAGAACCCUUGCAACACUUGGAGUGAAUGAGGAAUGGACUCGUGAUUAUGCAGAGGUUCCAGGAUGAAUCUGGUCGACCUGUGGCUGUCCCGCUCCCUCUCCAUGUGUCUCCUCCUCCAAAGCUUUGUCCUGAUGAUACUGUGUUUUCAUUCUGCCAGUAUGUGUCCCAAGGGCUGCCUUUGCUCUUCCUCUGGGGGGUUAAAUGUCACCUGUAGCAAUGCAAAUCUCAAGGAAAUACCCAGAGAUCUCCCUCCUGAAACGGUUUUGCUGUACCUGGACUCCAAUCAGAUCACAUCCAUCCCCAAUGAGAUUUUUAAGGACCUCCAUCAACUGAGAGUUCUCAACCUGUCCAAAAACGGCAUUGAGUUUAUUGAUGAGCAUGCAUUCAAAGGAGUUGCAGAAACCCUGCAGACCCUGGACUUGUCUGACAACAGGAUUCAAAGCGUGCACAAAAAUGCCUUCAAUAAUCUGAAGGCCAGGGCUAGGAUUGCCAACAACCCGUGGCAUUGUGACUGUACUCUCCAGCAAGUUCUGAGGAGCAUGGCAUCCAAUCAUGAGACAGCACACAAUGUCAUUUGCAAGACUUCAGUGUUGGAUGAGCAUGCUGGGAGACCAUUCCUCAAUGCUGCCAAUGAUGCUGACCUUUGUAACCUCCCUAAAAAGACUACUGACUAUGCCAUGCUCGUCACCAUGUUUGGCUGGUUCACCAUGGUGAUCUCUUAUGUGGUGUACUACGUGAGGCAGAAUCAGGAGGAUGCCCGGAGACACCUGGAAUACUUGAAAUCCCUGCCAAGCAGGCAAAAGAAGGCGGAUGAGCCCGAUGACAUUAGCACUGUGGUAUAGCAACCACGCUGGCUGGCACUGGGAAGGGAGCUUCUGCUUGUAGUAAAAUAAGUGGUUCAGUUCUCCCUCCCUUGUACACCAUUAAAACUUUGUAUUUCAGUUUCUUUGGAAUCAUGUCACUGUUGGACUUUUCACAAACAAUACAACUCUAAUAAUUUUAGUUUAGAUGAUGUCCCCCCAUUAAUUGUGACCCCCUGGUUCCUGAGUGACAAACUCUCUGAACAUUAGUUAGACCCAUCUCACUAUUUAAUAAUGAAAUUUAUUUUUUUAAUUUAAAACUGAAUAAAAGCUUAACUUUGAACCAUGGAAAA